AUGGAAUCUCACCAUGCUGCAACACGGACUCAAAUGACGACUCUAUGCCUGGCUUGUGCCUCCGAGCCUCUGCCCAGCAAGUCCAAAGAAGGUCUGGAUGAGAAGUCAGGCUCGCAAGAUGAGCGGACCUAUCGGACGCCCUGCUGUGCUCGUCCGAUCUGUGCAACCUGCCUACACAAGCGCCCUCGAUUGGGCGAAUAUUGCCUGUAUUGCCAGCGAUCGAUCGAUAUCGUCUCCCGUCCUCCGCCGGCGUAUGAUCCUCUCGCGGCCAAUAGCGGUGCAUUCAGCAUCGGCGAUGAUGAGGAUGACGAUCACCAUGGGAGUCUGCAGCACGAACUUGCAGAGCCAGACGCGAAGGGCUCACCACCCGCCUACUUAGCGGACGCAAGCUUGGCAGAUCUGCCUGCUGAAAAGCCGAGUGAAAGAGAGACGGCGCUGCAUUAUAUUAGACCAGAGGACACGUUGAUCGGCAUUUCUUUUCGGUACGGUGUCGAGCCGCGAGCGCUGGCAACGCUCAACCGACUGCCGCUUUCCAUUUUGACGACGAGCCCCCAGCUGCUACACACACGCUCAUUUCUGAUUUUGCCCGGCCACGCCAAGCCGUCCGAGUCUCCCCAGCCACUGUACACACCCGAGCAAGAACGCCGGAGGCUACUCAUCCGGCGAUUCAUGCUCGCCGUUAAGUGUCCCGAACAAGGCGUCGCAGAGUCGUACAUCAAACAGAUUGAAGACGCCAGGCGCAAGGAGUACGCGCUUCUCGCCACAGAGUCUGGUCAAGCUGCUGGCCUUCGAACAGGUGGUGAGCUGGAAGAAGCCGUCGAGGCCUACACGCAAGAUCUCCAGUGGGAGGAGGAGCAAAGCAAGGGCAAAGGCAAGUACACCGGCUCACGUAUUCGCAGCGUGGGCGAGCUUGCCUUCAACCAGACAUUGCUCUCUCGGGCUCGCUCAUGA